AUGGAAAAUCUACCCUUUAUUCUUUUGGUUUGCUUAAUGUUCAUAGCCAUGCCGGUGGUCCGCGGCGGCACCACCAAAGGGCCGAAAGAAGUGGAAGAGUGGUUCGAGAAGCUCAGCCAUGCAAAGGAAAAGGUGACCAAGCUUCGUUUCUACUUCCAUGACGCUAUAAAAGGGAAGAGCCCAACGGCUAUGCCAGUGGCCCAAGCCAACAUAACCUAUACAUCACCCACCUUGUUCGGCCUGGUGAAUAUGAUGGAUGACCCAUUAACGGUUGGGCCUGAACUAUCUUCCAAGCUCUUGGGCCGAUUUCAGGGGCUUUAUGGCUACGUUUCCAAUGCAGAAGUGGGCCUGCUCGUGGUGGCAAACUUCGUCUUCACUGAUGGAGAAUACAAUGGUAGCACUCUUGCGGUUUUGGGUUACAACCCAAUAUUGCAUCACUACCGUGAGAUGCCCAUUGUUGGUGGCUCUGGCAUUUUCCGAUUGGCACGCGGAGUUGUUACGGUGAAAAAUUAUUUCUACAAUGCUAAUGCCAGUAACGCUACUGUGGAGGUCAAUGUCGUAGCUGUUCAUUAUUAA